AUGCCGAAAAAAAAAAGGAACUCAAAAAGAAAAAAUGGAAGUGUAAUAUACUCUCACCCGAAAAUUGUAUCUGGUAUUUUGUUAUUCUCAUGUUACCCAUUCUACCGUAUAUUUGGGGUUGUGUAUAUAAUAAUAAUCUUAAUUGCCAUUAUAUUUUUAAACUUAGAUCACACCAACAAUGAUAGUAAUAGUAAUGGCCGUGGAAGUCCUAUAAGUGCUUACUCCAUAUUCAAUAAAGGAAAAAGAUAUUUAAUUGGAGAUUUAAGAAUGAACCAAAUUGAAACAGAAUUGCGAAAUAGAAUGUUUAAAAAUGAUAAUAGUGAUGAUAACUUUGUACGAUAUGAUGACAUUGACAAGAACAAAAUUUAUAUCAAAGGAUAUUCAAAAUAUAACAAUAAAUUAUGUACCUGUGGGUCUAACAAAAAGUUUAAAAAAUGUUGUGGAAAAAUCAAAAAUGAUUCAUCAGAUUAUUGA